CGGUACUACUCGUGUGUAGUACCGAUCGUCGCGAAUUGCGUGCUGCUGCUGCCGCUGCGUUUUCGAUCUGUUUGAGGGCGCGAAUUUCAAAUUUUUUAUUAUUAUUACUUUUUUUCAUUGGUGGUGCGUCCCUGUGUCGUGCAACGCAGAAUGAUUACCCUCUACAGAACUAUUAAAGGAACUACCAAGGCGAGAAGAAAGCGGGAAAAUAAGGGUAUACCAAAUUUACAACUGCCAUUACCAGAAACUCCGUCGGAAAUGGUAUCUAGACGCCGGAUUCUGUCGAGGUCACGCGACGACCUUCACAUGGACGCUACGUUUCAACCACCCGAAGAAGAAGAGGACGUUUGGUAUCAAAAAGACAAAUUAUACAAGGAUCACAUACAAGAAGUUCUGGACAAAUGGACGCAAAUUGACGACGAAAUUUGGGCAAAAGUGAUCGUAUUGGAGCGAAACAGGAGGGUAGCCAAAGCGUAUGCGAGAGCACCCGUUUUGACGGUAAACGGAUCGGAUGAUGGUUUCGACGGUUUCAGGAUUGGCUUGUGCGGUUUUGACAAUCCGAUGAGAGACCAGAAAACCGAAGAGUUCAAACGCCAUAUAGGACACGGUGUCAAAAUAAAAAUGGACGACGCUGGGAAUAUACUUAUCAAAAGAGUAUCGAAGUGCAACGUGUACAUCAAAAAUACAGGCCAAGAUGACGAAAACGCAAUAGGAAACGAAAUAUUGAAUUUGCCAAAUUGUGCGUUAGAACCGGAAAAACCCGUCAAACUCUUCGACAUGAAAAAGUUCCAAUCAAACGUCAACAGGGAACUUAGAAGAGCGUAUCCCGAUAGAAGAAGAUUAGAAUGUCAAUGUCUUAGUGCGAUAGCUUUCGUUAAAUCGGAAUCCGAACUAUUAGAAUGUCCUAUAUGGGUUUUGAUAAUCAAUGUGGUCGCAAUGGACAUGUUAAAAUCUAAACUUCCUCCAGUUCAACGCGUUAUGGACAUCAAAAACCGCCCCCGUAUCCCCAUACCCGACGAAGAUCCGUACAGCGUAGCCGGAAACGGAAGCGGCUCGUCCGGAAGUUCCGGAUUUGCCGGAGGCAACGUAGCAGCGACCAGAGAACAACUUCUCUUGCAGACCCAACAGCACGCGCAAAAACGUAGCGACAAACCACCUAAAUUACCGCCCAGAGAAAAUAUGUACCCUCACGAUAUACCCAAGCCCGAUUACGACCAAGAAGACGGAAGACUAAAGCCUUUCCCGUCGUCCAGAAAGGAAAAAUCAAAGGACAAUAAAAAAUACGACGACCCCUAUUACUGCGGACUUAGAGCAAGGGUCCCGAAUUUCGUAGCCAAAUCGAAAGCAAAGGACUCGAUCCCGACCAAAAGAUUCUCCAUAAGCCAGCAACACAAUCCACAACAAAUACUGAUGCAUCAACAAAUGCCUCACCACGCACCUAUGCACCCUCAUUCGAUGUGGCACGCCAGAAGUUACGAAAGCGGAAUAGAUUCGGACGCGAUUGAGUCUCCCUAUAACCAAAUCUACGGUCGUCUUCCGAUACCGACCCGGAAUUACAUUCCAACGCAGCCACGCACUAUGUUCAUCGGCGAAUGGGACUGAAAGAUAUUAAAAACAUCACUCAUUUCACGUCCCUGUACGAAGGGCGUCCACUUAAAGUGCCUUCUAUAUCGUAAACCUUUUGAACUAUUUUUAGUUUUAUUUUGUUUUUACUGUCAUUUCAUCUAGCAAAAUAUAAAAGUAUACGGGGCGUCAACGGGAUUAUUGUCCAAGACGAACAUGUAUGGUUGCAGAAGAUGCCCAUUUACGGCAAUAAUCUCCUUGACACCAGCUAUACUACAACUUGUUCAUAAAUGAUAUAUUUACGUAUAUUGACAAUGUUCGUGGACAUAUAUUUUUGAACACCUCACAAUAAAAACAUUAUAUAGAAUAUGGUGCGUAUCAUAUAUGUGUAUGUUAUAAUAACAUUGAGGGAUGUGAUCAGUUCGUAAAUUUAAGUUUAUGAAUACAUUAUUUAUAAGAUUUACCGAAUAUUUUUGUAAAGUAAUUUUGUAUAUUCAAGCGAUAUUUUUAAUUUAAAAAAUCUGGUGAAGGACGCGAAUAAACACACAAAAAAC